AUGGAUAAUGGCUCUGGCGUAAAUGGGGUGCAUAUAACUUCUGUUUACGCUAAAUAUAGUGAAAUAGAGAGGGUGGACCUAUGGGAUAGCCUUGCUAACAUGAACUCUCAAGUGCAAGAUGCUUGGUGCAUAGGGGGAGAUUUUAACGUUAUCCUGGAGGCUUCCGAAAAACUAGGAGGAAAACUGUAUCAGGCUAUUGAGAGCUUGGAUUUUGCCAAUUGUAUGGUGAGAUGUGGGGUGGAAGAUGCAGGUUACGUGAGCUCUACUCACACUUGGUGCAACAACAGGAGGCCGAGAAAGAGGAUAUGGAAAAGAUUCUUCAAUUUCUGGAUCGAUCAACCUGAUUUUUAUGAUGUUGUGGAAAAGGAAUGGAUAAUCCAUGUUAAGGGUCACCCUAUGUGGAUCAUGCAACAAAAGCUUAAGAACUUGAGUAAAAUUCUUAGUGUUUGGUCUAAAGACGGAGAUAUCUUCAAAAAAGUUGAGGAAUGGGAGGAGAUAGUACAAAGACUUGAAGAUAUUGAUGUUAUGGAUAACACUGAAGAGUCCACCGUUAAUUUAAAUAAGGGCCAAGCGGAAUAUGUUUCUUGGAUGGCAAUGCAAGAGGCUUUGCUAAAACAGAAAGCUCAAAUUAGAUGGUUUGAGGAAGAAGAUAACAAUACUUGUGAUAAGAUUGGUAAAGCUGUUGUCAAACAGUUGUCUAAACGUUUUCAUCUCCCUGAACAUACAGUGGAUGAUAAUGUUGUGUCUUGCAUCACUGAAUGUAUCAUCGACGAGGAUAAUCUUAUGUUGUCCACUAUGCCUAAUGAAGGCGAGAUUAAAACGACUAUUUUUAAUAUGAGUCCUACUAGUUCUACUGGACCAGAUGGUUUUAAUGGCAUGUUUUACUAG